AUGGUCUUUACACUGGUCAUCACCGUAUUCUAUAUCAUUUUCGAGGCUAUCGGUCUUCUUGGUAAUUUACUGGUAAUUACCACAAUUUUCUUGGAAUCCAGAUUUCAUGUGAUGCGGUAUGUUGCACUCGCUAGCCUUGCAGUGUCGGACUUUCUGUACUUGAUUCUCGUUCCCUCAUUUCGCAUUGCAAGCAUGGUACAAGGACGGUGGCCGUUCGGCGAAAUGUUGUGCAAUCUAAAUACCAACUUUGCCAGGUAUUUCUACUUCAACACGAUUCUUCAUCUGAUAGUAGUUUCUUACGAUCGGUACCGUGCAAUAGUGAAGUUGCCUUUGACGUACGGUGGUACUAUUUCUACAGCGAAGAAAGUGUCUAUGGUAAUCAAUUGGAUUGUACCAAUUCCAUUUUUCAUAACGCCAUUUCUUCGCGGUAGAAAGUUUCAUUAUAAUCCACUCGUAUUUAAAUGUGAGGAGGGGCUGUGGUCGUCACCGUCUUCCUCGGAAAAUACUUCCGAUGGAGCAAAAGCAAUGCUUUUUUCCAUCUUAUUAAUUGUUUUGCCACUCCUGGUUACUGUGUUCUUCAACUGGUCGGUGUACAAGACAGCGAAAACACACAUUAACGCCUGUAAAAUUCAAGUUGAAAGCGUUUCUGGUUUAGAAGAAAGCCAACAACGUCAACAAGAGAUGAUUCGGAGGAAGGCUGAAAGAAGAGCAGCUGCAGAUGUCAACAUCAUAGUUGUGUCGUUUUUUCUGUGUUUCUUCCCACCGUGGAUUUGCGGACUGCUUCGAAAUUUCGCCGGAAGCGUUAAAGUUCCCGCCGAAGCAACUCUCAUCACCGACGGCUGUUUCAUGGUCAACGCAUUUUGCAACCCACUCAUCUAUUCCUUUCGCAAGAGAGAUUUUCGAGCCAGCGUGAAAAAUUUGUUGAGGCGAUUUAGACAAUCUGGAGGUGUAAACAACUGA